AUGAUUCAGCAGUCAGUGCAGUUUGGUGGUUUGACACAUGAAGAUUCUAACUUACAUAUUGCAAAUUUCCUGGAGAUUUGUGAUACUUUUAAGCACAAUGAAGUUUCCGACGAAGCUAUGAGACUAAGAUUGUUCCCAUUUUCAUUAAGAGACAAAGCUAAGAGUUGGUUGACCUCAUUACCAUUAGGCUCGAUUACAACCUGGGAGCAAAUGACACAAAAAUUCCUGAGUAGGUAUUUUCCUCCUGCAAAGACUGCACAAUUGCAUUAUGAUAUUACUAUGUUUGUGCAGACGUUCUAUAAUGGUCUUAAUAGUGAAGUUCAAAAUAUGAUCAAUGCUGCUGUGGGUGGUACUUUAGGUAAGAAGACACCAGAACAAGCUUAUGAAUUGCUGGAGGAAAUGGCUUCAAACUCUUAUCAAUGGCCGAUAGAGAGGUUGCCUGUGAGAAGAACAUCAGGUGUUCAUAACAUAGAUGCUAUCACAGCUUUGGCAGCACAAAUGCAGGCAUUAAAUAAGAAGAUUGAUGGACUUCAAAUGCAAAAACCUACAAUAGUUGCUUCUAUGUGUGAUUUUUGUGGCGAAGAUCACCUAACCAUGAGUGUUAAUCAGGGUCACCCAAAUUUCUCUUGGAGUAACAACAAUCAAGUGAAACCUCCACCGCCAGGUUUUCAAUCUCAAGAGAAGAAAUCAAAUUUAGAGGAGAUGAUGGCGAAGUUCUUGAGCACUACAGAAACAAGAAUCCAGAAUCAAGAGGCUUCCAUCAAUAAUUUAGAAGCUUAA